GUGUAUGGUGUAUACGCGAAUGACGUGGUGGGGCGUCUGGUCUGGGCUCUGUCCCAGGCUGCAUCAUGCUCGGCAGCAUAUCCAGAAACAGCCAGUGCUCGCACAGCACAAGAUUCACCGGAUGCUUUUUUUGUGUGUGUGUGUGUUUCCCCCCCCGCCCCCCACGGCAAGACCCUGCGCCGGCCGCGUUGGAUUUUCCUCCCCAUCCCACGGAGGCGACGCUGACAGCAUGUGUAAAGAGGGUGGGUAGGGGGUGAGGAUCGGGAUGAGAAAAAUCGUGAAGAAAUCGGCGUAGCUGGCCAGCUCCUCCGUUCACUACGCCCAAUGGCUUCGGACACUUGUUUACAUCCGAGGGAUUUGUCCGCCUUUUGGAUUUACUUGGUCUCGGACCGACGGUAAAAGACGUUCGAUCGGAAUACUAGGUCGUAAAUAUCCCGUCAGGUCAGCCCAUCCAAGCGCCACAUGAGGGGACGCGCAGUGCGCCCCUGCGCCGCGGUGCUGCUGUGACUCGGUGGCCGGCAACACAGGGACCCGCAGGGCCGAUGCUGCGCGGCCAGAGCAUGCUGAAGAGCCGCUGCUGCGUCCUGCUUGGUGACCUGAGGCUGCUCCUGCUCGGGCCGCCGGCGCCUCCGCCGCCUAUGAGCGGACAAGCCACGGACAGCCGCGAGCCGGGCGUCGCCGAGCGAGGCACCCCGCCCGCGGCAACUGCCACCGCAGCCGCCGGGGCCGAGCGAGGACCGGCGGUGCCGGGCUGGGUGGACGCCGCGGAGCUGUCGGCGGCGCUGCGCGGAUGCAGCAGCUCCUCAGACGACUGCUCGAAGGGCAAACUGGAGGAGAGGUUCUCCCUCACCAGCUACACGGAAAGCGGCUUCAGGACGCCCGUGUGCAGGAUCUGCUUCCAGGGACCUGAGCAUGGGGAGCUCCUGAGCCCGUGUCGCUGCAGUGGCUCGGUCCGCUGCACCCACCAACCCUGCCUCAUCAAGUGGAUCAGCGAGCGGGGUUCCUGGGCCUGUGAGCUCUGCUAUUACAAGUACCAGGUCAUCGCCAUAAGCACAAAGAACCCACUGCAGUGGCAGGCCAUCUCGCUCACAGUAAUCGAGAAAGUGCAGAUCGCGGCAGCCAUCCUGGGCUCUCUCUUCCUGAUGGCCAGCAUCUCCUGGCUGGUGUGGUCCUCGUUCAGCCCGUCAGCGCGCUGGCAGCGCCAAGACCUGCUCUUCCAGAUCUGCUACGGCAUGUAUGGCUUCAUGGAUGUCGUUUGCAUAGCGCUGAUUGUCCACGAGGGGCCUUCCGUGUUCCGCAUCUUCCACCGCUGGCAGGCUGUCAACCAGCAGUGGAAGGUCCUCAACUAUGACAAGUCCAUGGACAACAUUGACAUGAAAGACGUCGCAGUGGACAGGACUCAUCAGCCCGGCCAAGCUUACCAAGCUGGGCUCGGGGUGUCCCCCUCCACCUCCUCGCUGAUGGUGGUCGCCUCCACAGCCGCCGGCUCCACUUCCACCACCGUGGUGGCGGCGGCCGCCGGAGGACCGGGGGCGGACGGGAACGCUGACGGCGGCGCGGUGGCCGACCCGCAUUGCCCCUACAACCUCCUGCACCUGCUCAGCCACCUGAGGCCGUCGGAGCCCCGCAGCCAAAGCAGCGGUAACACGCGAGAGCUGGUCAUGAGAGUCACUACAGUCUGAGAAGUCAGAUGAGGCCUUAUCUCUCAUGUGGUGGGGCGGAGUAAUGCUCGUGAAGCAGCUGAACUGCACUGGACUGAACUGACUUCUUGUUUGCAUCAUCACUGUCCUUCCAUGGAUUGAAUAAAAAUAUAAAUUGGUUAAUUUGCA